AACAACUAAAGAAAAAAUAUGCCAAAGGAUAUUCGCUUUGAUGGACGAGUUGCUAUCGUCACUGGUGCCGGUGGAGGCAUCGGUAAGGCUUACGCCCUGUUCUUUGCCAGCCGUGGUGCUAGUGUCGUCGUCAAUGACCUCGGUGCCUCUCACACAGGCGACGGUUCAAACACGAGAGCCGCUGAUGUUGUUGUUGAAGAAAUCUUGAAGAAUGGCGGUAAAGCAGUUGCUAAUUACAACUCUGUCGAAGAUGGUGCCAAAAUUGUCGAAACUGCUAUGAAGGCCUUUGGACGCGUUGAUAUUAUCAUUAAUAAUGCAGGCAUUCUCCGUGAUAAAUCAUUUGCAAGAAUUACAGAUGCUGACUGGGAUAUUAUCCAAGCUGUUCACGUAAAGGGCUCUUAUGCAGUUACUAAAGCUGCUUGGCCAAUCAUGAAGAAGCAAAAGUACGGUCGUAUUAUCAUGACUGCCUCUGCUGCUGGUCUCUACGGUAACUUUGGUCAGGCCAACUAUAGUGCUGCUAAACUUGCUCUUGCAAGCUUCAGUAACUCUUUGGCUAAGGAAGGUGCCAAGGAUAACAUCCACUGCAACACCAUCGCCCCAAUGGCCGCUUCUAGAAUGACUGAGACUGUCAUGCCCCCAGAAAUUCUCGCAGCCCUCAAGCCUGAAUAUGUUACCCCUGUUGUUGGCUAUCUUUGUCAUGAAGAAACCGAAGAAACCGGUGGCAUCUUUGAAGUUGGCGGCGGCUUCGUCUCCAAGUUAAGAUGGGAACGUUCUCCUGGCGCUGUCUUCAAGGCUGAUGAGUCCUUUGACCCCUCUGCUGUUGCAGCCAAGUGGAACGAGAUCACUGAUUUUGAAAAGAACAACGAAUACCCUACCUCCGUCAUGGACACAGACUUUAUGGCUCUGCUCGAGCGUGCCAAACAAGCUCCUCCUAACCCUAAAGGUGAACCCUUAAGAUUUGAUGGCCAAGUUGCUAUUGUCACUGGUGCCGGUGGUGGCCUCGGUAAGGCUUAUGCCUUGCUCUUUGCCAAGCUUGGUGCUUCCGUCGUCGUCAACGACCUCGGAGGUUCUACUCAUGGUCAAGGCUCAGACAGCCGUGCUGCUGAUCUUGUCGUUGAAGAAAUCCGUAAGGCUGGUGGCAAAGCCGUUGCCAACUAUGAUUCUGUUGAAGAAGGUGAAAAGGUCGUCGAAACCGCUCUCAAGGCCUUUGGUCGCAUUGAUAUCAUCGUCAACAAUGCCGGUAUUCUUCGCGACAAGUCCUUUGCGCGUAUGACGGAUGAAGAUUGGGAUCUUGUCCACAGAGUUCACUUGAGAGGUACAUACAAGGUCAUCAAGGCUGCAUGGCCUUACUUUGUCAAGCAGAAAUACGGUCGCAUCAUCAAUACUGCUUCUGCUGUCGGCUUAUACGGUAACUUUGGUCAGACCAACUACAGCGCUGCCAAACUUGGUAUCGUCGGUCUCACUCGCACAUUGGCCCUUGAAGGACAAAAGAAGAACAUUAUCUGUAACGUUAUUGCUCCUAAUGCUGGUACUCGUAUGACAGCUACCGUCAUGCCUCCUGAAAUGGUUGAAGCAUUCAAGCCUGAGUAUGUUGCUCCCCUUGUUGCUUACCUUGGCCACAGCAGCAACGAAGAAACAGGUAACAUCUUUGAAGUUGGUAGCGGCUGGAUCGCUCAAGUUCGUUGGCAGCGCUCUGGUGGUGUUGGCUUCCCUGCCAACCGUCCAUUGGCUCCUGAACAAGUUGCUCAAGAAUGGUCACGUAUCUGUAACUUUGAUGAUGGACGUGCCACUAACCCCAACAGCACGCAAGAAUCCUUCCAAGGCUUCAUGGAAAACUUUAGUAAUGUUGCUGACGAAGAGCCUAAGAAUGAAGGUCUUCAGGUUCCAGACUUUGAUGAGGUUUUAGAAUUUUCUUAUGGUGAAAAGGAAGUCAUCUUAUAUGCCUUGGGUGUUGGUUGCAAGCGCACAGAUCUUCAGUAUGUCUAUGAAAACCAUGCCGACUUCUCUGUUUUGCCUACCUUUGGCGUCAUUCCCUCCUUUAGUGCUAUGAACUCGGUGCCUUUUGGAGACUUCCUUCCCAACUUUAACCCCAUGAUGCUCUUACACGGAGAACAAUUCUUGGAAGUCAAGAAGCCCAUUCCUACUAGCGGUACACUCAAGUCUAAGGCUCGUCUUGUCGAAGUGUUGGACAAGGGUAAGGGUGCAUCCGUUGUGAUUGGUGUUACUACAGUUGAUGAAUCUGGAGAAAUUGUUUUCGAGAAUGAAUUUACCUUGUUCAUCCGUGGCAGUGGUGGAUUUGGUGGAAAGCAAAAGGGUGAAGACAGAGGUGCUGCUACGGCACCUAAUAAGGUUCCUAACCGUAAGCCUGAUGCCGUUGUCACUGAAAAGACAAAUGAAGACCAAGCCGCACUUUAUCGUUUAAGUGGUGACUAUAAUCCUUUACAUAUUGAUCCUGAAAUGUCAUCCAUUGGUGGUUUUGACGUUCCUAUUCUCCAUGGUCUUUGUUCAUUUGGUGUCUCUGGUAAACACGUUUUGAAGACAUUCGGUAAGAACAACCCCGAAUCUUUCAAGAAUAUCAAGGCUCGUUUUGCCAAACACGUAUUCCCCGGCGAGACGCUCGAGACAUCGAUGUGGAAGGAAGGUAAUAAGGUCAUUUUCCAAACACGAGUUGUUGAACGUGAUGUCAUUGCUAUCACCAACGCUGCUGUUGAACUUCAUCCUACUGGACGCGAAAGCAAGUUGUAAAUUUCAUCUAUUCAUCCUUCUCUUUUUUUUCUUAAUUAUGUGUAAUUAAAAUUUUGAAAAAUAAACCUUUAUUUUGUUUAAAUGAUCAACUGUCA